AUAUUUUUGCAAUAUAUGCUGCGUGUGAGCUCGCGUAUGUUAUUUGGUUAUAGUUGAAAAAGGCCGGUACAAAAGUAUUACAAGGGAUUUUGGGCGACUGAGAUGAAUUUUGAAAGUUCCGAUAUAUCUGUCAGACAUGAAGUCAAUAAAAAAACAGUUGUUCCGUGCUAUUGUGUCAUUGCGAGAGGAUUUAGACAAAUAGAUAAAAAAAUUGCAACUUUUAACAGUUAGUGAACGAUUUUAUACUGUUUGGUAUGAUUUUUACAGAAAGAUGCAGUGGAUUGAUAAGGAAAAAUUCAAUACGGUAUCGAUCGACCAUUUAUUGUUGCUGAUAGAAGAUGCCCAGAUUUUUGACAUACUGUCGGAGCUCUACUCUAAUCGAGACAGCUGUGUUCAAAAUCUAUUAUGCUCGAAACUAUACGAAUUUCAAGAUUACGAGAUUGAGUUCUUGUUGCCGCAACUAUGCAAUAUCCUCAUCAACAGGUCAGAAGAGAAUAAUUCACAUUUAGAAAAUUUCUUAAUAGACAGAUGCAGCAUGUCAAUACAUUUCGGCAUCUCAGUAUAUUUUAUCAUUCAGAGUGCAAUAGAAGAUGAGAUGACGAAUGGUUCAAAUUCUCGAAAAUUAAAGCAAUUCUUGAAGGCUUGCAAGGUGGCUACCAUUAAUGGGUCAAAAGAUAAGAAUAGUUUUGAGAUGAGCGAUCAACUUGUUUCUCAUCUCAAACAUGAAUGGUCUCACGAUAAUAAGUGCGAGAGCGUCUUUACUGCGGAUCUUUCAAGGUAUUUUUAUUCACUUUACAAGUAUUCAGCAAACUUCAAAACGAAAAAUUUGCUUUGGUACACUCGAGAAACAACCGGUCUCAGCUCUCCUAGCGACCGUUGCAACGCUUUGGAAGCACAAGAGAGCAGCGUGGAAACGUCACCGUCUUCUAAAAAAAGUUCCAAAGAUAAUUUGUUGCAGAGGGAGUGCGGCUAUCACAACGACGAGCAGCGAAAUGACUUUGGGGCGCAAAAAGUUCCCAACACAUCUGAAAUUGGUUCUUCCCCUACUGGAAGCGAGUUUUUUUCCGAUGUAUUAGAUAACCAAACCUAUCACCAGAAAAUUUUGAAUUUUGUAAGAUAUCCAGAAGUUGACGAAAAUUAUGACAUGCUAGGCAGUCAUGAGGUGAAAGAUUUUGAUGGCCAGCUGGAACCCUUGACAAACAUUAAAGAAUUCAACAUGAUCAGUAAAAUGGCAAAAAACAUCGUCAAUAAUAUUUCUGAUCUGACAUCCAUGAAAUGCCGACACAUUUCAGAUAACGAUAUUCAAAAACUCAGCAACAUGCUGUCGACACUAGAUAAAUUUUAUGGUAUUAACUCUGAUAAUGAAGACCAAGAUGCAAUACAGACAGAUUUGAGCAGCUUCGGUGAAAUGCCUACCAACCAGAAUGGUGAUACUGCCAUCAAUUUGAGUAUAUUGAGUUGCAAAGUCAACUGCCAAAUCUAUUUUUAUGCAGAAAUACAGUUUCUGUCUAUUCUCACUGGAAUUUCAGGCCUGCUGAAGGAUCUACAGCUAAAAAACAGGUGCCAAAAAGAUCAGGCUCUUCGCGCAUGCCUCUUUCAGUUCAAUAUCUCUUUUUGUCCUAAUGUGUACAUACCUAUUCCAAGAAGGAACGGCAAGUAUUACCAAGUGAUACGCAUUCCCUACGAAGAGUCCUUUUCUCUGAGUUCCAAGAAAGCUGUUCCUUACAUGGUUUUCAUUGAGUGCGUCAUGAUGGAAGAUCACGCAGAAGUUGGUACGUGCGAAACGGCAUUUCUAAACUCAUUUAAGGUUGAUCAAGCGGAGGGACAGUUUGAACAAGUUUCUUCAGCUACUAGCAUGGACAUCAACAACGAGGAGGAAGACCUGAAGGAAGAUGAAACUGGAUGUCAUCCCGAUAUGCAAGAAAACCAUUUUAAAGAAGAGGCUAACCAAGAAGAAGCACGACUAAUUAAAGAACGGAUCUUUGGAGAAUCAUGGGAAGAAAAAAAAAACAGAAUUCGGCGGUGUUCUCCAGCUGGAUACAUGAAAAAUUGGGAUCUUAUAGGCGCCGUUGUAAAGUAUGGUGAUGACUUAAGACAAGAGCAAUUGGCUACGCAGCUGAUUUAUUUAUUUUUUCAAAUUUUCAAGAAUUCGCAUAUUCCUCUGUGGGUAUAUCCGUAUGAAAUACUGGCCAUAUCUCCACAGGCCGGGUUCAUCGAGGCUAUUCCAGAUGCGAUUUCGAUAGACAUCAUAAAGCAACAGAUGGCACCCAAUGGAACUCUAGAAGCAUAUUUCAAUCUGGUUUAUGGUGUUGACACAUUGAAGUCUGUUGAGGCGCGACGUAAUUUUGCUGAAUCGCUGGCCGCCUAUUCAUUGAUAUGUUACAUACUUCAGAUAAAGGACAGGCACAAUGGCAAUAUUAUGUUGGAUAGAGAGGGUCAUUUGAUACAUGUCGAUUACGGUUUUAUGCUAAGCUCAAGUCCAGGAUGGAUUGGGUUCGAGAGCGCUCCCUUUAAACUGAAUUUAGAUUUCGUUGGUGUGAUGGGUGGCCGCGAAUCGGCCUUUUAUAAAUAUUUUCGAGUUCUUUUCAAAAUUGGGUUUUUAGAGCUAAGGAACCAUUCUAAAUUGAUUGUAUCUGUCGUUGAAAUGAUGCUUCCGGGAAGCAAAAUGCCCUGCUUUUCAAAGGGUGCUCAAACGAUAAAAAUGCUGGAAGGUCGAUUCAAGAAAGAUCUUUGUGAUGAAGACGCUUUGAAGUAUGCGGAAAGCCUGAUUCAGAUUUCAGAAGGAAAUUGGCGUACGGAUGGAUACGAUAGGUACCAAUGGAUGUCUAAUGGAAUUUACUGAGCGACUAAAUAUCCAGAGACCGGUAAUAGGCGAUAGUGUUGCAAGGUGAGUUUAAUCUGUAAGGGAAAUAUUUUUGCGUGCUUUACAGAAAUGCAAUAUUCGUUGGAUGGAGUUUGUAUGUUUUUGUUGGAUAAAGGCAAUAAGGCUGGAACCGAACGUAUGACGAAAUAUGUUUCCGUGGGGGUGGUAGAGGUAAUUGAGUCGCAAACUAAAUUGUUCAAGUCGUUGUAAUGCCUAUUUUCAAUACUGAGGUAUAUGGUUGGAUCUCCAAAUUUGUUUCUACUUCUUUCGUCAUCAGAGAGUUGGUCUUCUAAAAUUUGGCUAAACUUUAGAAGGUCCUCCUUAAUGAUUGGAUAUAGAGCAUUGUCGCUGUGAAGGCGUGCGAAUGCAUUGGAGCUGACUGCCGCAUCUUUGGUCAGUUGUGUUGAGUAGGCUGCUGGGAGCAAGUGGUAGCUCUUUGGAGGUAGGAUGGCGAGCAGCUGCUGUAGGGGCAGCAACGGUUUUUGUAUUUUGGCAUUGAAAUGUUUUGAAAUUAUAGCUGACAAAAAUGGGGCUCCGUUAUCGUCUUGACUAGUGGCGUCUACAAGGUAUUGGGUGAUAUCAGUGGCGAGAGGGGACUGGUUAUAGAUGUAGUACCAAUCCCAGUUAUGUACCCUGUCGUGGAUGCAUGACAGACACCAAGAAAGGCCAGCGAGGUAGUUUUGUAUGGCGGAUUGAAUUUUUUCUAAUUUUUCUUUGAUUGAAAAUGUACGAAAUUCUGGAUAAAGGUUGUUAUAGAAUUGGAA